AUGAGGUUUAAAUAUCAGAGGAUUCUGAAAAUGAUCUUCAUCCUGUCAGUGUCCCUCUUCUUGCUGAAUUAUCUAGGUCGAAAGACAAACUCUCCUCAUAAGGAAGCGCUAGACUUAAAUCACUUACUAAAGCAAGUUGUUGGAGAUCUACAGGCUUGCUCUGCUAUUAUCCAAGGAGACAUGGAUGGAGUGGAUGAGGAUGUUUUCAGGAAGCUCCUGGUCUCAAAAAAAAGAAAAACUUUGCUCUCUGAGUCAUUCUACCUCAACGCAACCAAGGAUUGUCCAUCCUACAUCCGAGACAGAGGAUUUCUAACCAUUUCUCUCAGUGAAGAGGAAAAAGAUUUCCCCAUUGCUUACUCCAUGGUGGUCCAUGAGAAGAUCGAGAUGUUUGAAAGGCUCCUGCGAGCCAUUUACACUCCUCACAAUGUCUACUGUGUUCACAUGGACCAGAAGUCUCCUGAGAUCUUUAAAGAAGCAGUAAGGUCCAUUACGUCCUGCCUGACCAAUGUGUUUGUUGCCAGCAAACUGGAGCAUGUGAUCUACGCCUCCUGGUCUCGAGUUCAAGCGGACAUCAACUGCAUGCAGGAUCUGCUCAAGUCACCUGUCCAGUGGAAGUAUCUGCUCAACACCUGUGGCACUGAUUUCCCCAUUAAAACCAAUGCAGAAAUGGUCCAGUCUCUAAAAUACCUGAAUGGAAAGAACAGUUUGGAGUCCCAAGCUGUACAGUCUAAAAAGGGUCGAUGGCAGUAUCAUCACAAUGUUACGAACGUUGUGAAGAAGACCAAUGUUAAAAAGUCACCUCCACCAAUAAAGACCCCCAUGUUCUCAGGAAAUGCUUACUUUGUGGUUUCAAGAGAGUUUGUGGAGCACAUCUUCAAAAGCAAAGAGAUUCAAAACUUCAUGGAAUGGGAGAAAGACACGUACAGUCCAGAUGAGCACAUGUGGGCUACAUUACAGCGGAUGCCUUCAGUUCCAGGAUCCAAUCCUCCAAACAUCAAGUAUGAACAAUCGGACAUGAAUGCAAUUGCUCGUCUGGUGAAGUGGAGCUACCAUGAAGGAGAACUGAAGAAUGGGGCUCCCUACCCACCAUGCACUGGGAUGCACAGACAGGCAGUGUGUGUCUAUGGAGCUGGGGACUUGAAAUGGAUUGUGAGGCAACACCAUCUUUUGGCAAACAAGUUUGACCCAGAAGUAGACGAUGUAGCAAUCAAAUGUAUGGAAGCCUUUUUAAGGUACAAAGCUAUUUAUGGUCGAUCAUUACUAAAAUCUGACAUUAUUUUAUGA